GGGAGGGAGGGAGGCAAGAAGCGGGGGCGCCGUCGAGCGGAGGGAAGGAAAGGGAAGAGGAGAGACCAGAGGAACGAACCCGAGGCCGACGAGAAGGACGUCGAGCGAGCGGGCGGGCGAUCGUUCGUCCGAACCAACGAAGGAAAGAGCGGGAGGCGAGAGAAAUCGGCGUCGGGGUUUAAGACGCGCGGUCGGGGCACAAUCGGGCUCUCGCAGUGAGCACGAAGCGCCGGUGGAGGGAUGUAUUUGUAUAGCCUGUCGCUCCAGCGAGCGACGGGAAUCGUGUGCGCCACUUAUGGAAAUUUCAUCGGAGGCAAGACGCAGGAAAUUGUCGUCGCUCGUGGAAAAGUGCUCGACAUUCUUCGGCCCGAUGACAACGGCAAACUGCAAACCCUACUGUCGGUGGAGGUUUUCGGAGCCAUCCGGUCCUUGGUGCAGUUUCGUCUCACCGGGUCCCAGAAGGACUACAUCGUCGUGGGUUCGGACUCCGGCAGGAUUGUGAUUCUGGAGUACAAUCGCGAGAAGAAUACCCUCGAGAAAGUUCACCAAGAAACCUUCGGGAAGUCGGGAUGUCGGCGCAUAGUCCCGGGGCAGUAUUUGGCUGUUGAUCCCAAGGGCCGAGCAGUUAUGAUAGGAGCUUGCGAGAAGCAGAAGCUUGUGUACGUGCUGAACCGGGAUAAUGCCGCUCGCCUCACUAUCUCCUCGCCUUUGGAGGCGCACAAGAGCCAUACGAUCGUGUACUCUAUAACGGGGGUGGACUGCGGUUUUGAUAAUCCAAUUUUUGCUGCCAUUGAGUUGGACUACUCGGAGGCUGAUCAGGACAGCACAGGGCAGGCCGCAGCUGAAGCGCAGAAGCACUUGACGUUUUACGAGCUGGACUUGGGGUUGAACCAUGUGGUUCGGAAGUGGACGGAACCCAUUGACAAUGGUGCCAAUUUGCUUGUCACAGUUCCGGGAGGAGGAGAUGGCCCCAGCGGAGUGCUUGUGUGUGCGGAGAAUUUCGUGAUAUACAAAAAUCAAAACCGUCCCGAUGUGAGGGCUGUUAUUCCCAGGAGAACGGACUUACCUGCAGAGAGGGGCGUGCUAAUUGUUUCAGCUGCCACUCACAAGCAAAAGAAUAUGUUUUUCUUUCUUCUGCAGACGGAGUACGGAGACAUCUUUAAGGUGACUUUGGACUAUGAUUCAAAUGACCAGGUUACGGAACUUAAGAUCAGGUACUUUGACACCAUACCUGUAACCUCAGCCAUGUGCGUUCUCAAGUCAGGGUUUCUUUUUGCCGCCUCGGAGUUUGGCAAUCAUGCCCUCUAUCAGUUUCAGGGAAUAGGGCACGAGUCGGACGUGGAAUCGUCGUCUUCCACCCUGAUGGAGACCGAGGAGGGUUUUCAGCCGGUGUUUUUCCAGCCUCGGAAGUUGAAGAAUUUGGUUCAGAUUGACGAAAUUGAAAGCUUGAUGCCUAUCAUGGAUAUGAAGGUUGCUAAUCUGUUCGAGGAAGAGACUCCACAGCUUUUUGCUUUGUGCGGGAAGGGACCACAGUCUAGCUUAAGGAUUUUGAGACCCGGACUUGCCGUCACGGAGAUGGCCGUGUCUCAGCUUCCCGGAGUACCCAGCGCUGUGUGGACCGUGAAGAGGAGCGUGAACGAUGAGUUUGACGCUUACAUUGUGGUGUCUUUUGUUAACGCCACAUUGGUGUUGUCUAUUGGAGAAACCGUAGAGGAGGUUAGUGACAGUGGGUUUUUAGAUACGACGCCGUCUCUGGCUGUUUCCCUCUUGGGUGAGGAUAGUUUGAUGCAGGUGCACCCGAAUGGAAUCAGGCACAUCAGGGCAGAUGGGCGUAUCAACGAGUGGAAAACUCCGGGGAAGAAAACUAUAGUGAGAGUGGGAUGCAACAGGAUGCAGGUGGUGAUUGCGUUGAGCGGCGGAGAGCUCAUUUACUUCGAAAUGGACAUGACAGGGCAGCUGAUGGAAAUAGAGAAGAGGGAAAUGUCAGGAGAUGUCGCCUGCUUGGAUAUUGCGCCAGUGCCUGAAGGUCGACAGCGAUCUAGAUUUUUGGCCGUGGGUUCAUACGACAGCACAAUCCGCAUCCUUUCGCUUGACCCUGACGAUUGUAUGCAGAUUUUGAGUAUGCAAGCUGUUUCUUCUCCCCCGGAAUCACUUCUCCUACUGGAGGUCCAGGCAUCUACCGGUGGGGAGGAUGGAGCGGACCAUCCUGCUAGUGUGUUUCUUAGCGCAGGUUUGCAAAAUGGUGUUCUCCUUAGAACCGAAGUGGACAUGGUCACUGGAUCGCUUUCAGACACCAGGACUCGAUUUUUAGGGCUAAGGGCCCCUAAACUGUUCUCUGCUCUCGUCAGGGGUCGUCGCGCCAUGCUCUGUCUCUCCAGCAGGCCUUGGCUGGGUUACAUUCACCAAGGUCAUUUCCUUCUCACACCAUUGUCUUACGAAACUCUGGAAUAUGCGGCUUCCUUCUCUUCAGAUCAGUGCGCUGAAGGAGUGGUGGCUGUGGCCGGUGAUGCUCUGCGUGUUUUCACAAUUGAAAGGUUAGGAGAAACUUUCAACCAGACUGUCAUGCCGCUUAGGUACACCCCACGGAAGUUUAUUCUUCACCCGAAGAAUAAGACCCUUGUUAUCCUGGAAAGCGAUAUGGGCUCAUUGACCACCGAGGAGCGCGACGCUAAUAAGAAGGAAGCCAUUGAGGCAGCCGGGGGUGCCGAGAAUGGUAAAAUGUACGUUGAUGAUCAAGAAAACGGUGAAGGAGAAGAGAAUGACGAUCCCCUACCUGAUGCACAAUAUGGCUACCCAAAAUCAGUAUCAACCAAGUGGGUUUCAUGCAUCCGGGUCUUGGACCCUAAGUCGGCAGAAACAACUUGUCUGUUGGAAUUGCAGGACAAUGAAGCUGCACUAAGUGUCUGUACGGUAACCUUCCAUGAUAAGGAACUGGGUACAGUGUUAGCCGUAGGCACGUCGAAGGAUCUGAAGUUCUGGCCCAGGAAAGAAUCCACGGGAGGAUUCAUACACAUUUACAGGUUUCUCAAUGAGGGUAAAACCCUAGAACUUGUACACAAGACGCCGGUGGAUGGUGUACCAACUGCACUUUGCCCAUUCCAGGGACGUCUGCUAGUUGGUGUUGGUCAGGUUCUGAGAAUAUAUGAUCUUGGAAAGAGGAAACUUUUGCGAAAAUGUGAGAACAAGAACUUUCCCAACACAAUCAUCGCCAUCCACACAUAUGGCGAUAGAAUCUACGUGGGAGACUUACAGGAGUCUUUUCACUAUGUCAAAUAUCGGAGGGACGAAAAUCAGUUGUACACAUUUGCAGACGACAGCUGUCCCAGGUGGCUUACUGCAUCGUUACACAUAGACUUUGAUACGAUGGCAGGAGCAGAUAAGUUUGGAAAUGUUUACUUCAUGAGACUGCCACAGGAUGUAUCAGAGGAAAUAGAAGACGAUCCUACCGGAGGAAAGAUUAAGUGGGAACAAGGUAGACUCAACGGAGCUCCGAAUAAGGUCGAGGAGAUUAUCCAGUUCCACGUCGGAGAGGUAGUCACUAGUUUGCAGAAAGCUUCUCUGAUUCCUGGUGGAGGCGAGUGCGUUCUCUACGGAACUGUGAUGGGGAGUGUAGGCGCACUUCUUCCGUUUGCUUCAAGAGAGGAUGUUGACUUCUUCUCUCAUCUGGAGAUGCAUUUGAGGCAAGAAAAUCCUCCUCUGUGCGGCCGUGACCACAUGGCUUUCAGAUCAGCAUACUUCCCCGUCAAGGAUGUCAUUGAUGGCGAUCUCUGUGAGCAGUAUCCAACCUUGUCUGCCGACCUGCAGCGCAAGAUUGCAGAUGAACUGGACAGAACACCAGGAGAAAUUUUGAAGAAGCUUGAAGACAUAAGGAAUCGAAUCAUUUGAGGCUGUAAUCGCCUACGUUUUGUACAUUCAAUCGUGCUAGGUAUCUUAGGGUUAACUAUGGUGAAUUUAUGCGGCACUUGCGGGAACGGUGAACAAACCACUUUAGUAGAGCUGAAGCUACUCUCUAGAGAUCCUUACUCACAGUAUUGUUUCAGACGUAGGUUAGAAUGAGUAAACCCAGAGUCUCCAUCUGUACAGAAGGCUAGGGGCAGUACAUAUUCUGAAUGCAACGCCCUUACUCUACUGUUGUAGCUGUCACUGCACGUGUCCAGUGACGCUGUUUUUCGAAUUAGUUGGAUAUGCCGAAGUAGUGGUGCUGAACCUUUGGUAGUGUCAUAGUUCUAUCUCACAACUAAUUGUGAAGGAAGUUGGUUGAAAAUCUAGGAGACCCAGAGAAGUGGAUGAAAAGCCGCUAUUAAGCUUGAGAUGAUAGAAAGGAAAUGGCAACGUCGCAUUUUCAGGAAGGGCCGAAGUUCCUCUUGAUAAUUGUCAAGACUGUCAGUUCGUUCUGGUAAUUGUGGAAUGUAACAUUCAGUUGUACAGUUGGCCUGUAAUGAUUAGCAAGGAACAUGGUCUCUUCU